CAAAAGGGAGGCUGUGGUCUUUGUUUCAUGUCCUCUGUUUCCCAAUCAGCCUCUUCAAAAAUAUGGAAUCAGAAAACCACACAAGGGUAGCAGAAUUCCAACUUCUGGGUCUCUCAGAGGAUCCGGACCUGCAGCCCAUCCUCUUGGGACUGUUCCUGUCCAUGUACCUGGUCACGGUGCUCGGGAACCUGCUCAUCAUCCUGGCCGUCAGCUCUGACUCCCACCUCCACACCCCCAUGUACUUCUUCCUCUACAACCUGUCCUUCACUGACAUCUGUUUCUCUUCCACCACGGUCCCCAAGAUGGUUGUGGACAUCCACAAACAGCAUAAAACCAUCAGUUACAAAGGCUGCCUCACCCAGAUUUGCUUUGUCCUGGUUUUUGUUGGACUGGAAAACUUUCUUCUUACAGUUAUGGCCUAUGACCGUUACGUGGCCAUAUGCAAUCCCCUUCGGUACACAGUCAUUGUGAGUCCCCAUGUGUGUGUCCUACUGAUCAUGUUGUCUUUGUCCAUCAGCAUCGUGGACGCCCUGCUCCACACUCUGAUGGCACUGCGGCUGUCCUUCUGCACAGACCUGACAUUCCCACACUUCUUCUGUGAACUUGCCCAGCUCAUCAAACUUGCUUGUUCUGACACCUUCAUCAAUAACAUCUUGGUGUAUAUGGUGGCUGUCAUAUUGGCUGUUGCUUCUCUCAUUGGGAUUAUUUUCUCUUAUGUUACAAUUUUCUCUUCCAUCCUGAGAAUGCCUUCCACUAGGGCAAAACAUAAAGCCUUUUCUACCUGUGGAUCACACCUCUCAGUUGUCGCCUUGUUCUAUGGGACAGGUUUUGGGGUGUAUGCUAGCUCUGAAUUUUCUACCUCAUCUAGCAGUUCUGCAAUUGCUUCAUUGAUGUACACGGUGGUCACUCCACUGAUGAAUCCAUUUCUCUACAGCCUGAGGAACAGAGAUGUAAAAGAAGCCUUGAAGAAACUCAUCAGACCAUCUCCUUUUGUGAAGUCGUCUCAUGUGCUUUGAACUCGAGCAUCCAGAAUGAA